AUGACCUUAAAUCUUUGUGUACUGACCCCUAAUCGAAUAGUUUGGGAUUCAGAAGUGAAAGAAAUUUUAUCUACUAAUAGUGGACAAAUUGGCGUAUUACCAAAUCACGCUCCUAUUGCCACAUCAGUAGAUAUAGGUAUUUUGAGAAUACGCCUUAACGACCAAUGGCUAACGAUGGCUCUGAUGGGCGGUUUUGCUAGAAUAGGUAAUAAUGAGAUCACUGUUUUAGUAAAUGAUGCAGAGAGAAAAGUGGUGACCAUGAUCACAAGAAGCUCAGCAAACUCUGAAAUAGCGGAAGCUGCUUUGAGCAAAAGUUGA